AUGAGAGUGCACCACCUCAACAACGUAAGCCGGGCACUUGCGGUCCUCGAGGAAAACAACGUGAAGCUUGUUAACAUCUCCAACGAGCACAUCGUAGACGGUUCGGCCAAACUGACCCUCGGCCUCGUCUGGGCUAUCAUCUUGCACUGGCAGGUCCAGGGAGUGUUGAGGGAUGUGAUGGCCGACCUGCAGCAAACUGGCUUAGAGAAGACCCUGCUGGCUUGGUGCAGGCAGACCACUAAGGGAUACCAAGGAGUGGACAUCCAGAACUUCACCACCAGCUGGGCGGAUGGACUUGCCCUGAAUGCCCUGAUCCACUCCCACCGCCCCCAAGUGUUUGAGUGGACUGUGGUGGCUCGUAAACACCCCUUGGCACGUCUUGACACGGCUUUCAGGGUAGCUCAGGAACACUUGGGCAUUGAAAGGCUGCUUGAUCCUGAAGCCCUGCCCCAUGACUCCUUCACUGUGGAGGCCCUGCAGGGAGGCGGGGGGGCUACUGCUCUUUCCCCAGAGGGGCUUGGCGCAGGGGCUGAUGGGAAGGGCCGACCGCUGUCUACAGUAAGCAUAGGGCUGAGUGGCUACCAGAGGACCCUGGAGGAGGUGCUGACGUGGUUGCUGGGUGCUGAGGACAGGCUGGCUGCAAUGCCUCCCAUCGCUGAUUCUACCGAUGCCGUUAAGGAGCAAUUUCACGAUCUGGAGGAGCUGAUGCUGGACCUGACAGCGAGGCAGGGCGGCAUCGGGGACGUGCUGGGUGAGGGCUCCAGACUGCUGCGGGAGGGAGUCAUGGAGGACGAGGAGGAGGAGGAGGUGCGGGUGCAGAUGAAGCUCCUGAACACUCGCUGGGAGGAGCUUCGUGUCAGAGCAAUGGAGAGACAGGCCAAACUCCACGACACACUGAUGAUCCUGCAGGAGAGGCAGCUGGAGGCCCUGAAGAGGUGGCUGACAGACACCGAAGACAGGAUUGCCAAUAUGAGCCAGGUCGGCCCCACCACCGCAGCACUCCACCAGCAGGUCUCCGCCCACCAGAAGCUGCAGCAGGAUUUAGAAGCGGAGCAGAACAAUAUAAAUUCCUUAUCCAACAUGGUGGUGGUGGUGGAUGAGGCUAAUUCAGACUCAGUUUAUUCAUCACUGGAAGACGAACUGAACGCUCUCGGGGAACGUUGGGCUCAUAUCUGCAGGUGGACUGAGUCUCGCUGGUCGACUCUGCAGACCCUCACCCUGCACUGGCCGCGGUUCGAGGAGGAGCUGGGGAGCCUGAAGGAGUGGCUGGAGGGGAAGGAGAGGGACCUGAGGAAGUUUGAGAGCGAACCAGCCAGUGAAGAGACUGAGGUUCUUCGUCAUGCCUCGUAUAUACAGGUGCUGGAGGCGGAGAUGGACCUGCAACAGCGGCGGUUUGACGGACUGCAGGACCUGAGCGGUAAAAUUCUCAUUCAUAUACCGGAGGACAGUACCGCGCAUGAGACUGUACCGUCCCAGCUUGAGGACAUCCAGGACCGUCUCGACCUCCUCACCAGCAUUGUGGACGCCCAGACUUCAAGGGUCUCCACCAGCUCCACCAAACGACAGAAGCUGGAAGGUGGCAGUCAGGAGGACUUUACUGUGGCCCUGACCAAGCUGGGGGAGUGGAUGGGGGGAGUGGAGGGCAAGGUGGAAGAGGGGGAGGUGGACCAGCUGCCCCUUCACCAGCUCUCCCUCCUCCACGGCCAGCUGCAGGUGGAGAAUGCUUUUAAAACACCAAAACCUAUUUUUUUCUUAUUUUUUCUAUUGUUAUGGAUCUUCUAA